AUGAUGGACGAGAAAACAUCUCUUCAGGAGCAUCUGACAAAGAUCAAGGAUAUUUGCGACCAGCUAGAAGCUAUUGGUCGAAAAAUGGAGGAAGAAGAUAUGGUGAUCGGUAGCGACAGCAGUUUGGAAGCAGUACUAGUUCUCCCUCCACCGAGCAAGCAUUCUCUGCCAAAUCUUCUGCUAAGAACAAAUGGAAGGCUCAAUCUUCUCAGCCGAAAGGCUCUGGGAGGGUCUCAACAGAAAGCAAAUGUCGCCGAACACUUUGAGCAGAAAGAAUCUGCUUUCUAUGCUUUUAUGGCCAAGAGAACAACAAAUCCAGUACACUCAUAUGCUUGGUCUAUUGAUUUAGGAGCUUCGCGGCAUUUUACUCAUCGUCGAGAUUGGUUCACGAAAUUUGAACCAUUUUCGGAUUCAGUAAUCUUCGGAGGAGGAGAAGAGUACACAGUUGUUGGUAAGGGCACUAUCCAGAUUCACUCAGGAGGUAGAAAUUCAAUUUUUCUUGAUGUCUACUAUGUUCCAGGCAUGGAACAUAAUCUCCUCUCCGUCAGUCAGAUCAUGAGGCAUUCUCCUCAAUUAGAUAUUGUCUUCAGUUCGUCCAUCUGCAGCAUCGUUGAUAAGGAGACUCGUACUACAAUCGCUAUGGAACUUGAAGAUCAUGGUUUGUAUAGACUUGUUGAUUCCGGUGAUUCUCAAGAGCAUGCUUUGGUUGCUAGGAGUACAUCCAUCAAAACACUUUGGCAUCGGCAUUAUGGGCACUUAAACUUUAAGGCCUUAGUAGAGAAAGAAUUUGGUUCUCAAAUUGUCACUCUAAGGUCAGAUAAUGGGGGGGAGUUUUGUUCCAAUGACUUCUCUACAUUUUGUGCUACACAUGGCAUUAAACGCCAACUCACCACAGCAUACACCCCUCAGCAGAAUGGUGUCAUUGAACGUAGGAAUCGCACCAUUACUAAAAUGGAUCGUUCUAUGAUAGAUCAUAGAAAUGUUCCUAAGAAAUACUGGGCUGAAGCAGUUUACACUGCAAUCUACCUUCUGAAUCGGUCACCUCCACAUGCCGUCAAGAAGAUGACUCCUGAAGAAGCCUGGUCAGGACGCAAGCCUAAAGUGGGCCAUUUGAAAGUCUUCGGUUCUACAGCUCAUGUAUGGAUUCCAGAAGCUAAGCGUGCUAAGAUAGAUUCAAAGAGCCAAACACUUAUGUUUACUGGUUAA